CCGCCCACUCCGCCAGCUCCGCCCGCUCGGUCUCGGCGGGUCCCGCUCGGUCUCGGCGGGUCCCGCUCCGCCGCGGCGCAGGGAUGCGGGCGGCGGUGGUGGCCGCGCUCCUGCUGCAGAGCAUCGCCGCUUCGGGCGCGCUCGCCAGAGCCCGCAGAAAUGUGGACCCCGAAACGAACAUGAACAUCAGUCAAAUUAUUACCUUCAGGGGAUACCCUAGUGAGGAGUACGAAGUGACAACAGAAGAUGGGUAUAUCCUUUCCAUUAACAGAAUUCCUUAUGGAAGAAAAGGUGAUGAGAGGAGCAAAGGUCCAAGGCCUGCUGUGUUUCUGCAGCAUGGUCUGCUUGCAGAUGCCAGUAACUGGAUCACAAACUUGGAUUACAACAGCCUCGGCUUUAUGCUGGCAGAUGCCGGCUAUGAUGUCUGGCUGGGAAACAGCAGAGGGAACACCUGGUCCAGGAAACAUACACAUUUCACAGUGAAGCAGGAAGAAUUCUGGGUUUUCAGCUAUGAUGAAAUGGCCAAGUAUGAUAUUCCAGCCUCAGUGGACUUCAUUUUGAAGAAAACUGGCCAGGAACAAGUAUUUUACAUUGGCCAUUCUCAGGGCACCACAAUGGCUUUCAUCGCUUUUUCAACUUUGCCACAGCUGGCUAAGAAAAUCAAAAUGUUCUUUGCCUUGGCGCCAGUAGCUACAGUCAAGUUUGCCACUAGCCCUCUGGCAAAAUUGGGAGUGUUUCCUGACCUGCUGCUCAAGGACAUGUUUGGAAAGAAACAAUUCCUCCCUCAGAAUUCCGUGCUGAAGUGGCUUGCUACUCAUGUUUGCACCCACAGAAUACUUGAUGACCUUUGUGGCAACUUAUUCUUUCUUCUGUGUGGUUUUAAUGAGAGGAACUUGAAUAUGAGCCGAGUGGAUGUGUAUUCGACACACUGCCCUGCAGGGACAUCUGUACAAAACAUGAUCCACUGGAGCCAGGCUGUGAAGACUGGGGAACUCAAAGCUUAUGACUGGGGAAGCAAGGCUGCAAAUAUGGCUCACUACAACCAGUCUGCUCCUCCUUUCUACAAAAUAAAAGAGAUGACUGUACCAACUGCAGUGUGGACUGGUGGACAGGACUGGCUGGCAGACCCAAAGGAUGUUGCUAUGCUGCUCACUCAGAUCACAAACUUGGUUUACCACAAAAACAUCCCAGAAUGGGAACAUUUGGAUUUCAUCUGGGGCCUUGAUGCACCUUACCGCAUGUAUAAUGAAAUAAUUAACAUGAUCAGGAAGUAUCUCUAAACUGGGAUGGUAUUUCAGAGUAUUGGUUCACCAGGAAUUUGUCUUUUUGGAACAUAUGUUUUUCUGGCAAUAAUGCUACAUUGUUUAUUUAUGAUGCAUUUUUAAAAUGCCAGCAAUGACUACUGGAUUGGAUUCGUAUUUGAUUUGGUUUUCUCAGUAUUAUUUCUCUCUCCUGCAGAAAUCCUCUUUGUUUCCUGCUGAUUUUGCACACAGUGCCACGAUACUCAAAAAACAGCAGUAUGAUUUUGCACAGAAGGAGUAUGUUAUGUGCAUAUAAAUUUAGUAUGAUGUCUAAAAGACAGGUUAGUCUAUUCAGCACCUCAGGUGCUUGACAAAACAAUAAAUGCUUCACUGUGCAUAAACCGCUGCCAUUUCUCAGUACAUUGCCAUUUCUGAGCACCUUUCAGAAGAACUCCUUGUACUGCAGCGAUGCAUUUGGUGCUGGCACUUUGAAAAGCACUUAGUGACAUUUUACUGCAUUGUUAUUUUAGCCAUCACGUACAAGCUAGCUACAUCAGAUUACUUUCUUUUUCAAUAUUGCCCAGAAGAACUGUCGCGAAAGCAGAGAUCACCACUGUCAGUUUAAAUCUCC